AUGGCAGGAUCAGCAGCAGAAGGUACACAGUUUGAUACUCGUCAGUUUGACCAGAAGAUGAAUGAAGCAAACCAGAAAGUCUACGACCAGAUUGAUGUUGAUCUUAGGACAGCUUUCGAGAAUAACACUAAGCAGGGAGGAAUAUUGGAUUUUGAUGGAAUUUCUGGUGCUUUGAAAGAGCUGAAGCUCACCUUCCAACCACUGCAAAUUGCACAGCUUUUCCAAAACCAUAAAUCACAAUACUUUCAGCAGGAUGAAUUCAUGCAGCUCUUUAGCCCAAUGGAAAGUUACCAGCUCCUCUCUGAUGUGUUUAGCUCCUGUGAUCCUAACAAAACUGGUUACAGGACAGCUUUAAAGGGCUGUGCUCUUUAA